AUUUCUCAGUAUUGAAGUUGCUGCACUUCUGAAGCUGUUCUUGGAAUUCUGAAGAAUCAAGAAUGAGGAAAUAUUGGCUGCCAUCUUCAAGCAUUUCUGCUGUCUUUGCUUUUAUUGUACUUCCCCAUUUCAUUGCUUGUUCAUCCAAUGAAGAGAUACAACUCAACAGCCAGUUAAUAAGCAUCAACCAGCAUGUUCACAAGGUGAAUUAUCAUAGGAUAUUUGAGAUUGAAAUUCAUGGAAUAUUGUUAUGGGCUUCAAUGGGAUUCUUGAUGCCAGCUGGAAUACUCACAAUAAGAAUGUCCAACACAGAGAAGUGUAGCACAACAAGACUCAAAGUUCUCUUCUAUGUUCAUGGAAUUCUUCAGGUGCUCUCUGUUCUACUGGCUACCGCUGGAGCGGUGCUAUCAAUCAAGAGUUUUGAGAAUAUGUUCAACAACAAUCACCAAAGAAUAGGUUUAGCCCUUUAUAUUGCCAUCUAUGUCCAAUUUCUUAUGGGAUUUCGCCGGCCUAAGAGGGGAAGUAAAGGAAGAAGUGUAUGGUUCUUUUUCCAUUGGCUACUUGGAACAACAAUAUGCUUGGCCGGAAUUAUCAACACCUACACAGGCUUAUCAGCCUACCAUGAAAGAACAUCUAAGCCAAUAAGCCUUUGGACAAUAAUUUUUACAGCACAAAUCUCAUUCAUGGGAUUUUUCUAUCUUUUCCAAGACAAAUGGGAAUAUAUACAAAAGCAAGGGGUCAUUCUUGGAAAUAACGAAACUAUGACACCCCAAGUGGAAAUAGUUGUUCCUCAGAGUGAUGGCCAAAAGAUGAUAACGAGAACAGAAUCAGGAAGGAAAAGCAAUGCACUUGGGACUUACUUUUCCAGAAACAAUGUCCUUAAUAAAUUAUUUCAACAAACGGAUGCAAAGACAACAACAUGGGUAGGAGAAGAUGGAAGGGUAUACCAUAGCCAUGAUGGGCUGGCUCCUCAUUCCCAUGAACCAAUAUACUCACCUGGCUACUUUACCAGAAGAGCACCUCCACUUAUUAACAGGAACUUCACUGAAAGAGCAUUUACUAUUGGAAUUGGUGGCCCUGUUGGUACUGGGAAAACAGCUUUAAUGCUAGCAUUAUGUAAACUCCUAAGGGACAAAUACAGUCUUGCAGCAGUAACAAAUGAUAUAUUCACUAAAGAAGAUGGAGAGUUCUUAAUAAAACAUGGCGCGCUGCCGGAGGAAAGGAUACGAGCAGUGGAAACAGGAGGAUGCCCACAUGCUGCUAUUAGGGAAGAUAUAAGCAUUAACCUUGGACCUCUUGAGGAGCUUUCUAACUUGUACAAAGCAGAUAUACUACUUUGUGAAUCUGGUGGAGACAACCUAGCUGCCAACUUCAGUAGGGAACUUGCUGAUUACAUAAUCUACAUAAUAGAUGUAUCAGGUGGUGAUAAAAUUCCUCGAAAAGGAGGUCCUGGAAUUACCCAAGCAGAUCUCCUUGUGAUAAAUAAAACCGAUUUGGCAGCAGCUGUGGGAGCAGAUCUGUCUGUCAUGGAGCGGGAUGCACUUCGGAUGCGGGACGGCGGUCCUUUUGUUUUUGCUCAGGUGAAGCAUGGGGUUGGCGUGGAGGACAUAGUGAACCACGUUUUACAAGCUUGGGAAGUUGCAACCGCAAUGGGGGAAGAAGGAGAGAAUAACAAGGAGAAGAAGAGGGUGGUUGUGGAGUCGCUAGGAUGGCUGACGGAAUCCACAAUCAUGCCCAAAAAGCACCGACCAAUCGAGGGUGUGGGUGCUUCUUCCAUCCUUGAGCUUAAAGCCCAGUUAUACAAAUCUCAAGAAGAGUCCAAACGCCUUUCCAAAGAGACCGUCCACCCUUCUGCUGCUGACCCAAAUUAUUCGCAUCUGGAGAUCCACCGCGCCAAGAAGAAAAUCACCGCUAAGGACGCCUUUUCCUCCAAGAAUCAUGGGGUUGAUGCUAGAGAGGCCAAGGACAAGCUUGAGCUGAAAGCAGUUAAAGAUGGAUCAGUAAGCUAUGCUGCCUUAGAACGAAAGGCUAAGUUGUAUGAUAAGCUGGUGAGGGGUGAGCUUUCUGACGGGGAGGACGAAGAGAAGUACUGUGUUGAUUUCUUUCGGAAGGGCCAGGAGCAGGUAGACUCUGAGCUGCCUCAACGGCACAAUACUUCUAGCACAGAACCAAGAGAUGAAGUUGGAGAUGAUGAUACCUCCCUACUCCCAGACACAAAAGCUGCAGGACUUGGCCGCCAAGCUGGCACAUUUGACAGAAGUGAACAUAAGCGUUUUGUAAUGGAAGUUCAUAAAGAAGCAAGUCAAGCAAGGGAAAAAGCAUCAGAACUCAAGCUCCGUAGGCAAGAACAAGUUGCAGCACGUCGAGAAAAACUAAAGCAGGCUUAUCUCCGCAAGCAGCUUGAGAAGUCGAAGGCUUCCAAGACAGAACAGACAUAGACCAGAGGAGGUGUUUUUGAAGCGGAAGUUUGAAUCACCAUUUCAUUUGAACGAUGCUGAGGUUGGUGAAUCCAAGAAGCAGCUUUGGCGACUUAAUGCAUCACCUUGAAGUCGUGAACUUUCUUUCAAGUGGUUGAGCUCAAAUAUGAUCGAGAAUGCUCCAAUAUAGGAAUACUAUCUGAGGAUUUCUCUGUAUCAUAUGCAAAGGAUUCUUUGUAGUCUCUUUUUUUAACUGACUAAGAAAAAGAGAUUUCUUCAACAGUAUUAUUACAGUUUGUAGGCCAGCGGAUAUCUGUACACAGUGAUGUGUUUCCUGUCAAUGAGCAAAAGGAUGGAUAGAAUGAAAAUGUCUGGCACAAAAAGCAGAAAGCGAUUCCACUGGGGAUCGAACCCAGAAUCUCUGGUUCCGUAGACCAGCGCCUUAUCCAUUGGGCCAUGGAAUCUUUGAUGCUACUGUAAUUUCUCUUUUGUUACAUAAAAGUAAUUAAUUUUCUUUC